AAUUACAAGCAGGAAAAGAAACACAAUUAAAACCGGGGAUCGAACAACAAAGAGCCGAGCGCCCAGCGCAAAGCUGAGAGCUGAGAGCAGUGGAGGACCCCGCGAGCAGGCAGGCACCGCGCAGCAACCAAGCGACCAUGACUGAGAAGACCCAGGAACCUCAUGUGGAGGAGGAUGAUGAUGAGCUGGAUGGGAAACUGAACUACAAACCUCCUCCUCAGAAAACACUGCAGGAGCUGCAAGAGUUGGACAAAGAUGAUGAGAGCCUCACUAAGUACAAGAAGUCUCUGCUGGGAGAUGGACCUGUGGUGGCAGACCCAACAGCUCCCAACGUGGUGGUCACCCGACUCACCCUGGUGUGUGACUCUGCUCCAGGGCCAAUUACUAUGGACCUUACAGGUGACCUUGAAGCACUCAAGAAAGAGACCUUUGUAUUAAAGGAAGGAGUGGAAUACAGAGUUAAGAUCCAUUUCAAAGUAAACAGGGACAUUGUGUCAGGACUAAAAUACGUGCAGCACACCUACCGAACAGGAGUGAAGGUGGACAAAGCCACAUUUAUGGUUGGCAGCUAUGGGCCACGGCCAGAGGAGUAUGAAUUCCUGACGCCUAUUGAAGAAGCUCCUAAGGGGAUGCUGGCUCGAGGCACCUACCACAACAAGUCCUUCUUCACGGAUGAUGACAAGCACGACCAUCUCACCUGGGAGUGGAACCUGUCCAUCAAGAAGGAAUGGACAGAAUGAGCUCACCCCAUUUGCCUUCCCCCUUCCCUUCCCUUUGCCUCCUGCACCAGUCUCCAGGUGGGCCAUGCCCACCACGCUGCUCCAUCCUGCCACCGUGGCCGGCCACAGCCCUUGCAGCUCUCCUCAUGGGUGCUGGGCUCUGUGCCAGCCUUGGUUGAUGCACAGGCCUGCAGGUGGCCUUUGCUGCUUCUUCUGAUACACUGAAAAUAACCCGCCCAUUCUCACCACCAUCCCAUCAUGACAUGCAAUGGAUUAAAUUGGGAAGCAUAUCCCGCCCUUUCCCCCAGUACUUCCUCUUGUUGCCUCCGUCUCUCCUCCUGUAUCAACUCUGGUCCCGGGAAGUGCCUUUUCUAGGAAACAAGAUCACCUCGCCAGCUCCUUGAGUCGCCUGGCAGGGCAGACUGGUCCCUGGAAAAUCCCUCUCUGAGUUACACUUGCCAUGUGCCCUGACUCAUUGUAAAUGGCUACUUAUAUCUCCCAUGAUGGUCUCCUGGUUUGUAUCUGGUGCCCCACCCCGUUGAAAUCCAUUAUUGUGCAGGCAAAACCAGUCAGGGGGAUGCAGCUAGAUGCUGUAACAAGACAUCAUUGUCUCAAGAAUAAAAAUGAUUUCUUUCUUCUUCUCUGCA